UGCGUGUACACAGAGGAUGGCUUGCUGCUCAGGUGCAGGUGGCAGACUCGGUGAACCAGUCAAGCAGGCAACAGGAUCUUUCUAUUUACCCAGACAACAGGACGUUUUGUUGAAGUAUGAGCUGAAGCUUCAACCUAUCUUUGGACCUGCCACCUUGGAGCUCUUUUAGUGUUCCUGCAACUGAGCUGUUUUCACACCUUUUUCUUCUGCUAAAAGAAGACAAUUUUAAUUGUUUUAAAAUAAUUCAAUUGCUUUCUGCACGUAAGGCAGUGGAAGGAGAUUCCUUUAUAAAGUGGGAUUUUUUUAAGGAGGUGAAACAGGAGUGUGCCAUGUUUCUGCUUCAAACUGGAUCACAGCAUCGGCAGUGUGAAUAGCUGCAGAGGAAGAAAGCAGAGCUCUACAAAGAGGGAAAUUUUAAAAGUCCCUCCCAGACAAUCAUCCUCCUGCACACCUGUGAGGGCUCCUCCUCUGGGAAAAGGGAGGACAAGAAACUAAUUAGGAGCUAACAAAAAAAAAGGGUAAAAUCCCUCUCUUCUAUCCAAUGCUUCCCACCUGUCUGGAUUAACUGGGCUGGAUCACCAUGGCGCAUGCCGCCUCACAGCUGAAGAAAAAGGCGGAUGAGAAUCUUGCUGCUGCGGAGGAGGAGAAGGAGAAAGAAAGAAAGAGGGCAAGAAAGCGAUCACGUGAAGUCAAGAAAAAGACGGAUGUGAACGCUUGUUAUCUGCGCGCAGCUCGGGCCGGAAACCUUGAGAAAGCUUUGGAUUACCUGAAGAAUGGAGUCGACAUUAACAUUUGCAAUCAGAAUGGUUUAAAUGCUCUCCAUCUGGCCUCAAAGGAGGGCCAUGUGGAGGUGGUGGCUGAACUCAUUAAGCAGGGCGCCAACGUGGAUGCAGCCACCAAGAAAGGGAACACCGCCCUGCACAUCGCGUCCCUUGCUGGGCAGAGUGAAGUGGUGAAGGAGCUUGUCACAAAUGGUGCAAACGUCAACUCGCAGUCUCAGAAUGGCUUUACUCCACUCUACAUGGCGGCGCAGGAGAAUCACUUGGAAGUGGUGCAGUUCUUACUCGACAACGGCUCCAGUCAGAGCAUCGCUACAGAGGAUGGUUUUACUCCACUGGCGGUGGCGCUGCAGCAGGGCCAUGACCAGGUGGUUUCCCUCCUACUGGAAAACGACACCAAGGGGAAGGUCCGACUCCCAGCGCUGCACAUCGCUGCCCGGAAAGACGACACCAAGGCCGCCGCCCUCCUCCUGCAGAACGACCACAAUGCAGAUGUUGAGUCAAAGAUGAUGGUGAAUAGAACAACAGAGAGCGGGUUCACUCCACUUCACAUUGCGGCUCACUACGGCAACAUCAAUGUGGCAACACUACUGCUCAACAGAGGGGCAGCUGUGGACUUCAAGGCAAGGAAUGACAUAACACCUCUGCAUGUAGCAUCCAAACGGGGAAACACAAACAUGGUGCGACUACUGCUGGAGAGGGGGGCCAGAAUUGAUGCAAGGACCAAGGAUGGCCUGACUCCUCUACACUGUGGAGCCAGAAGUGGCCAUGAGCAGGUGGUGGAGAUGUUGCUGAACAGAGGAGCUCCAAUAAUGUCGAAGACCAAGAAUGGUUUGUCUCCUCUUCACAUGGCGACACAGGGUGACCAUCUGAACUGUGUCCAGCUGCUGCUGCACCACGAGGUGCCUGUGGACGACGUAACCAAUGACUAUCUGACAGCUCUGCAUGUGGCCGCGCACUGCGGCCACUACAAGGUGGCGAAAGUCAUUUUGGACAAGAAGGCCAAUCCCAACGCUAAGGCACUGAAUGGUUUUACUCCCCUCCACAUUGCCUGUAAGAAAAACAGACUGAAAGUGAUGGAGCUCCUUCUGAAGCACGGGGCGUCUAUACAGGCAGUCACCGAGUCUGGUCUGACGCCGAUCCACGUCGCAGCAUUUAUGGGACAUGAAAACAUCGUCCACCAGCUGAUCAACCAUGGGGCUUCACCAAACACAAACAAUGUGAGAGGGGAAACGGCGCUCCACAUGGCAGCGAGGGCUGGACAGUCUGAUGUGGUCCGAUAUCUGAUUCAGAACGGAGCACAAGUUGAUGCCAAGGCUAAAGACGACCAGACUCCACUGCACAUUUCAAGUCGUCUGGGUAAGCCAGACAUUGUGCAGCAGCUUCUGACAAAAGGAGCAUGUCCAGACUCUACGACCAACUCUGGGUACACACCUCUGCAUCUAGCUGCCAGGGAGGGACACAGAGAUGUGGCUGCAGCUCUACUCGAUCAAGGAGCUAACCUGAGCAUUACCACGAAGAAGGGCUUCACUCCAUUACAUGUUGCUGCCAAGUAUGGAAAGAUAGAGGUGGCCAACCUGCUGCUGCAGAAGAACGCUCCAGUUGAUGCUGCUGGGAAGAGUGGACUAACUCCACUGCAUGUGGCAGCACACUAUGAUAACCAGAAGGUGGCACUCCUCUUGCUCAAACAGGGAGCUUCACCGCACGCUGCUGCAAAGAACGGUUAUACCCCGCUGCACAUCGCAGCCAAGAAGAAUCAGAUGGAGAUCGCCACCACCUUACUGGAGUAUGGCGCUUCCACCAGCGCGGUGACACGGCAGGGUAUCACUCCUCUGCACCUUGCAGCGCAGGAAGGCAAUGUGGACAUUGUGACUCUGCUGCUGGCCCGAGACGCUCCUGUUGGCACCAGCAACAAGUCGGGGCUGACUCCACUCCACCUGGCUGCCCAAGAGGAUAAAGUCAAUGUUGCCGAGGUUUUAGUAAACCACGGAGCCACUAUAGACCCAGAGACCAAGUUGGGAUACACCCCUCUUCACGUUGCCUGUCACUAUGGCAACGUGAAGAUGGUCAACUUCCUGCUGAAGAAUCAGGCGAAGGUCAACGCUAAGACCAAGAAUGGAUACACACCUCUGCAUCAGGCUGCUCAGCAGGGACACACACACAUCAUCAAUUUACUCCUGCACCAUGGAGCUUCACCCAACGAACUUACUGCCAAUGGGAACAGCGCUCUGUCGAUCGCCAGGAGGCUUGGCUACAUUUCUGUAGUUGACACACUCAAAGUGGUCACAGAGGAGACUGUAACCACUCAGACUGUGAUAGAGAAGCACAAGAUGAACGUCCCAGAGACCAUGAAUGAGGUGCUGGACAUGUCUGAUGAUGAUGUCUGUAAAGCCAAUGUCCCAGAAAUGAUCACAGACGACUAUUUUUCUGAUGUGGAAGAAGAAAUGGAUGUUGAAAAUAUCAACAUCACCUAUACUUGUGAUGAUGCAAUGACGGGGGAUACAGAUAAAUAUCUGGCCCCUCACGACCUUCGGGAACUUGGAGAUGACUCACUCCCACAGGAGGGCUACAUGGGCUUCAGCGUUGGUGCACGGUCGCAGAGUACCAAAGCCAGCCUCCGUUCCUUCAGUUCUGAUAGGUCCAACACGUUGAACCGGAGCUCCUUCACACGGGACAGCAUGAUGAUCGAGGAGAUCCUGGCUCCCACCAAGGACCCGAUGCUCUGUAAGGAACGGUCUUUCAUUGUAGAGCAUCACAAUAAGCAUCUGUUGAUGACAAAGGACCCUGACAACGACUCCCUGAGGAGGUACAGCUGGACCGCGGACCACCUGGAUAAUGUCAACCUUGUCUCCUCACCAGUGCACUCUGGUUUUUCCUCUCCGCUUCCGCAGUACGACAGCAGGUUCCUGGUCAGCUUCAUGGUUGACGCCAGAGGCGGCUCCAUGAGGGGAAGUCGCCACAACGGCAUGCGGAUCAUCAUCCCACCGAGAAAGUGUACGGCACCCACCAGGAUCACUUGUCGUCUAGUCAAGAGGCACAAGUUGGCCUCCCCUCCUCCGAUGGUGGAAGGAGAAGGCCUGGCGAGCAGACUGGUGGAGGUUGGACCGGCUGGGGCUCAGUUCUUGGGGCCUGUGAUAGUGGAGAUCCCACAUUUUGCCUCAAUGCGGGGCCAAGAGAGAGAGUUGAUCCUGCUGCGCAGUGAGAAUGGAGAAUCCUGGAAGGAACAUUUAUACGACUGCAAGACCAGCGACCUCAAUCAGCUCCUCAACGGGAUGGAUGAAGAAUUGGACAGUCCUGAGGAGCUGGAACAGAAGAGGAUCUGCCGUAUCAUCACCAAGGACUUUCCUCAGUAUUUUGCUGUGGUGUCCCGGGUCAGACAGGAAACCCAUCAGAUGGGACCAGAGGGUGGGACUCUCAACAGCCGGAGUGUCCCAUUAGUUCAGGCUUCCUUCCCUGAGGGGGCGCUGACAAAGAAAAUAAAAGUUGGAUUGCAGGCCCAGCCGAUUCCUGAGGACACUGUAAAGAAAAUCCUUGGUAACCGAGCAACCUUCAGCCCCAUUGUUACCGUGGAGCCCAGAAGGAGGAAGUUCCACAAGCCCAUCACCAUGACGAUCCCUGUACCGCCACUCUCUGGGGAAGGGCUUACUAACGGUUACAAAGGAGACAGUACACCCUGCCUCCGCCUCCUCUGUAGCAUAACAGGUGGAACAUCUCCAGCGCAGUGGGAGGACAUCACUGGAACAACCCCCCUCACAUUUGUUAAUGAUUGCGUUUCUUUCACUACCAAUGUCUCUGCAAGGUUCUGGUUAGCAGACUGCCACCAGAUCCCAGAGACAGUAAGCCUGGCCACUCAACUCUACAGAGAGCUGAUCUGUGUGCCAUACAUGGCCAAGUUUGUUGUGUUUGCUAAAAUGAAUGACCCAGUGGAGUCCAGCCUUAGGUGCUUCUGCAUGACAGAUGACAAGGUGGACAAAACCCUGGAGCAGCAGGAGAACUUUGAGGAGGUGGCAAGGAGCAAAGACAUAGAGGUCCUGGAGGGAAGGCCCAUCUAUGUGGAUUGUUAUGGAAACUUGGCUCCGCUGACCAAAGCUGGUCAACAGUUAGUUCUUAACUUCUACGCCUUCAAGGAAAACCGUUUGCCCUUCUGUGUUAAGGUUAGAGAUCCCAGUCAGGAGCCAUGUGGUCGCCUCACUUUCCUUAAAGAAUGUAGGUCAACCAAAGGCUUACCACAGACUGCCGUGUGCAACCUGAACAUCACGCUUCCUGCGGUGAAAAAGGAAUCGGAGUCAGAUGCCGAGGACGAGACUGAAAAGCCAGAUCGACGUCAUACCUUUGCAUCCCUAGCCUUACGUAAGCGCUACAGCUAUCUGACUGAGCCUGCACAGACAGUUGAACGAAGUGCAGCAACAAGAACACUGCCUUCUGGUCACCCUCACAAACCUGUCUUUCCAACCAGACCUUACCCACCAUGGUCGACUGCUCCUAUUACCGUCCCUGGCCAAACAAGGCCCAUCGGAGUGGGGGGUCUCCUCGCCUCUGCCGAUCCACCGGCAGGCUCACCAGCUAGUUCUCCAUUAAAAUCUGCCUGGCCCCUCUCAACACCUUCACCUGCAUGUCCUACAACUAUAAGAGCAACCUUGGGCUUUUCACCCCCAGCACCCGCCUUGUCAUCCCCAGUUAAAUCGAUCAGCGACUUACCAUCAUCCCCCAUAAGGUCUUACAGGACUGUGCCUUCACCAAUUAAAACUGUUGUCCAGCAGGGACCAUACCCCAUUCACGGGUCUGCCAUCCUUGCAACAUCUGGAAGUAAACCUGCCACAGAUCCGGCAUCAAUUAAAAACCUUGCUCUGGCUUAUGCAUCAAGAACCCCUCUCCAUCAUUCUGUACCAAAUGCUUCUUUAUCUGAGAGGUCAUCAGCUGCUACUGCUUCUGUCACAUCACCAAAAUCCCUGUACAAUCGCUACAGUUCUAAUCUACCUUUUAAAUCUGCCCUUGUGACAACAGCUGCUUCAGAAGUCACCAACCUUUCUCCUGUUAAAAGCAUCUCCAGUCUCUCAUCUCUAAAGAUGUCUGUUGACUCAACAGUCACAUCUCGAGGAGGGAGGACAUCCAUGUCGUCCAUGUCCUCAACCGGUCAGACAACCAUUGCUUCCUCAGAAUUUUCCAUGAUGAACGGAUCAGUCUCACCUGUUAAAUACCCAUCCUCCUCCUCUACCCCAUCCUCGCCUUCUUCACGUCUUCUCUCAGAGAGAAGCAACAGUCUUCAGGAGAGGAUCCAAGCCACCACCCAGGCAGCAACAUCCGGUGUCAGUGCAGCCAUAAACGAAGCUUUAGACUCAUACUCAGGGUAUGGCACGCUUAGGUCAUUGUCAUCUUCGCGCAGAUCUGCAACAGCAACCUCUGCUUAUGGUUCUCUGAAAUCUGCAUCUGCCAGCCCAAGUCCAGCAGUCUCAUCAAAUACAAUGACUGUUCCUGUUUAUUCACUUGUCAAUGUCCUCCCUGACACCCCUGUAAAACCAGGGCCUGGGUCUCUCAAAAUGGCACUGCCCGAUUCUCCUCGUACCUCAUCCACCUCUUCUUCAUCUUUCCCUUCAUGUGUUACUGGAACAAAACUGAAAUCACAAUUAAAAUCUCCUCCAUUUAUAACACCAUCAAUCAUCCAUCCAACUGCAACCUCCAAUCAGGAGAUACUUAGAGAUGUAGCAGAUAUGAAACAGGAUUUAAUUAGAAUGACGGCUAUCCUCCAGACAGACACACAAAUGGCAGCUAAAACUGUACAAACAUCAAAUACUGGCACACCUAAAGAGUCUAAGUUAGAAGAUCAAGAACCACACACACUAGUUGAGAAAGUCAAAAAAGAUUUAGUCAAAGUCAGUGAGAUACUACAAAAGGAUAUCAUGGCUGAAGAUAAGACCAUUUCAGGUAAUGAGACAAGUUCAGAAGAGGAAUGGCAGGAAUUUUCCAGAGAUGAGAUCGAGGAGGCACAAAGAAGUGCUCUCAGAGACUGUUACUCCCCAUUUGAUGAAAACACUCUUUUUAAGCAUCAGUCGAUGCCAAGCAAAGAGUUAGAAUUAAGUAAAGUGGUAGAUUACUUAACAAAUGACAUUGGUGCAAGUUCUCUGUCGAAAAUGGCACAGUUGAAAAGUGAGUAUGAGGAUGAGGUAAAAAAAGAUGGGGAGGAGAAACAAAAACGAGUGCUCAAGCCAUCCAUGACCAUACAAGAGCACAAACUCAAAAUGCCUCCUCCAGUUUCAGGCAUGAUCAGAUCUCCCUCAGAGAAGGACUUAAGCAAGCUUGCUGAGUCAUACCAAGGGUCAGACACAAUCUUGGAAUCUCCCGAGGAGCUGUCUCAUGAGCAAGAUAAAAGUCCCCUCUCAGACAGCGGGUUUGAGACAAGAAGUGAAAAGACGCCUUCUGCUCCUCAAAGUGCAGAAAGCACAGGCCCCAAACCUUUAUUUACAGAUUCCCCAAUCCCCCCUUGUGUAACUGAAACCAGAACUGAGGUUGUCCACAUCAGGAGCUAUGAGCAACCAGAUGAUCUUUCUGAGCCUGGAGUCAUGGAGGAGGCUGCAUCUGCUUUACCUCUUUUAGAGCCAGAAAGUUCAUCAUCAAAAGCUUUACAGAUGAAAAUACCAGAAGAUGAUGCCUUAAUGAACAAAAGCAUGUGUCUUAAAGAGGAAACUCAUAUCACUACCACAACCCGUAUGGUGUAUCACAAGCCUCAAUUGACUGAUGGUGCAGAAAUGAUAGAGGAAGCCAUGUCAGUAAGGGACAUCAUGAAAGCUUUUCAGUCAGGACGAGACCCAUCUAAAGAACUGGCAGGCCUCUUUGAACACAAAGCCAGCCAAGAGUCUGUCAAAGGUGAUGAACUCACCCCAAGGUUUCUAGAACGAGACAUUAAAUCCAAACCCAAAGUUGAGAGGAUAAUUGAAGUUCAUAUUGAAAAGGGCCACAGCACAGCAGACCCAACUGAGGUUAUUAUCAGAGAAACAAAGAAACACCCUGAGCUUUAUGUCUACAAAAGUGACCGUGGAAUAAAGGAGCUUACUGAUUAUGAUGAGGCCCAGCAAGAAGAAGAGGAGCUUAAUGUUGAAGAAUCUUUGCCCUCCUUCCUAGAAACAUCUCGUGUUAACACUCCCGUGUCACAAGAAGAGGACAGUCGUCCAAGUUCUGCCCAACUCAUAGGAGAUGAUUCAUAUAAAACUCUAAAACUAUUAAGCCAGCACUCCAUAGAAUAUUGUGAUGAUGAAUUAUCUGAAGUUCGAGGAGAAUCAUAUAAGUUUGCUGAGAAAAUGCUUCACUCAGAAAAAAUUGAAACAUCAUUGCAGUCUUAUUCAGACACAGAGGAUUCUACAAGGGCGGCAGUCAAAAAUCGCCACCUAGCUUCUGAGGAGAGUGGUAGGUUUGAGGGCACAAGUCAAGGCAAAGGAAGCCCAAAAAGAGAGUUUGUUUCUAAGUCAUCAAAAGAUGGGUCCUCUAAAUCAGGUAAAUUCCUGCACAAAGAUGAACCUUCUCAGUUUGACAAGGUGACAGUGCUCCAUUACUCAACAGAACCAGGCAGUCCAAAACAUGCAGUUUGGAUGAGAUUUACUGAAGACAAACAUGAUAGAAGUAGGGACAAACUACUUUAUGAAGAUCGAGUAGAUCAAACAGUGAAAGAGGCUGAAGAAAAACUCAGUGAGGUAUCUCAGUUUUUCCGUGAUAAAACAGAGAAGCUUAACGAUGAGCUACAGUCUCCUGAGAAAAAGCCAGUUAGACGAUUGAAGGAGCCUAGAUCCUGGCCUAACUCUACCUGCAGUAGCCCAGAAAAAAUACAACAGAAACCUAAAGCAGGGGAUGAGUUGUUAAGUAAAACCAAACUUAAGGUACCUUCAGUUGGUAAAUCUAUUAGUAGUUCUCCAGUAGUAGAAAAGAAAAGCUCUAGCUUACCAAGCAGUCCUCAGAAAAGUGUUAACUCUUGUACUACUCAAGAUAAAAUCAAACAAGAACCAAAGACCUGUGUGUCUGAACCCUCUUCUCCAGCUCAUGUAACUUCAACAUCAAAGGUCAGUGCAGUGAGGAUGAAGUUUGAAUCCGCUGCUCAGAAAGUCAGUCAAAGUCAGUCCAGUCCUACUAAAAUUCCUCCACCUGUACAACCAAAACCAUCAGUAAAGAAACUACAGGAAAGCAAGCUACCUGUUUACCAGUUUGGCUCUGGAGGAAAAUCCUCAAAAGUAUCUGAAACAUCAGAAGAAAAUGUCCAAGAAAAGAAUGAGAAAGACAAAGCAAAUAGCAAACCUGACCCAAUACCUACAUCUAAAAUUUCCAAAGCAGACAAGCUUUCAAAUAAAAACUUAAUUGAGCCCCAUCAUGAUAUUUGUGAAACUAAGACUGAUAAAGUACCACCUAAAGGUAAAGAUAAUCAGUUUAGUGUGACUCAGGAAAUUAAGGAAAGUAAUAAAAGCUACACUGCUAGGAUGUCUGUUGUUCUUGACAAUGAUGCUAAAAAAUACCAGCAAACCACUAAAAGUGUGUCAUCUACUAAAGAUGUAAAACCUGAACUGCCCCAAAAGGAUUCAGAGGAACCAAUAAACAAAAACCUUAGAAAAAAGACAGAAUCCCAGAUUCCUGUAAGAACCACAACCCCCUGUUUAGAUAACCUUACAAAGAAACAGACAACAACAAAGCCCUCACAGUUACUUACACUAGCUAAACCUAAAAGCCCAGAGACAGGGCCAGCAAAAACAGAUUUAACCUUUGAAAUUCUUGACAAUUCACCGAAAGAUUCCAACUCCAAUAGUCUUCCCAGCCCUAGAGAAAUACUGGAGAAAGUUAUUGCUCCUCCAGUUGUAACAACCAAAGAGAACUUCAAAGGCAUCAAAACAUUGCCUGUUUAUGUCCAGGUUGGUAGGCAGGCAGAGAGGGAGGCUAAGGGAGCACUGUACACAGUAAAACAAAAAUCAAGCUCUGCAAUUAGUCCCAUAAGCCCAGAAGAUGAUACAUUAGAGCAAGUUUCUUUCAUAGACAGCUCAGGGAAAAGCCCUCUUACACCAGAAACCCCCAGCUCUGAAGAAGUCAGCUAUGACCUCACGUGCAAAACUCCUGAUGGCUUUAUGGAAUUCAUUUCAGGCAAGCCAAGCCCUAUCAUGGAGGUAUCUGAGGACUCAGAGGAAGAUGGUCAAGGAAACACAGUUUCCUCAUUUAAAGAGGCAACAAUAGAAAGCAAAAAUAGUGUUCACGAUGCCCAGGCAGACCUUGCUAAUGCUAAUAAAGAAAAAACAGAAAUGAACGACAAUCAGUUGGAAUUACUUGAUAAUUUUAAAACAGAAGAAAUCAUCAACAAUAUUCAUGGUGAUAUUAAAGACCAGGAGCAACAAGAAGUGUCAAAAGACAAGGGUAUUGCAUAUAUCGAGUUUCCUCCUCCUCCCCCUCUGGAUUCAGCUUCAGAAAUUUCAGACACAGAGAGAAAGGGCUCCUGUGCCUCUUCAGAGACUGAGACUGAAAUGAUGGAAGUGAACUUACAAGAGGAACAUGACAAGCAUCUGACCGAACCAGUUAUACGUAUACAACCCCCUACUCCAGUGCCCCCUAGCACAGAUGACAGUCAAUCAAAUGCUGAAGAAGAUGAUGAGUCAAUCUUCCAGCCAAUUCCAUGUAGAAAAUUGACCUCCAAUGUUCCUGAAGAAGAGGAAAAGAAAAAAGAGAAAGAGAAAAUGUCUAAGUCUAAAAGACAUGACAAAAAUGGCAACAAAGAACCUGGUGGGACCAAUGGUUCGAAUGGCUCCACCAAUGGUUCCAAAGGUUCCAAUGGUAAAGGGGAGGAUAAUGACUGUGAACAAAAUGGAAAUGACCAGUCAAUAACAGACUGCUCAAUAGCCACAACAGCUGAGUUUUCUCAUGACACAGAUGCCACAGAAAUAGACUCUCUCGAUGGCUAUGAGCUUCAAGAUGAGGAUGAUGGCUUGUGUGAGCAGGCUGAUUUACAACUUUUUGGACUUCCAGACAGUCGUAGAGAUGUUUGGGCAACAGACACAUUUAGGUCUUCCGAUCGUUCUUUUCCCCAGACCAAACUGGAAGUUAUUGAGGAGGAGAAAACCCCUGAGGAAUGCCAGAAAGACAUUUUGAAAAAAGAUAACUCCACAUGUAAUGGAACGUCUGAUGACAUUAGUAAAGAUGGAGCUAAAACCCAGGAACCCUCAGAGAAAGAAGGAUUUUCAGACUCUUACUUUAGUUACAAAUUAGAAGAGGAGUUCAAUUCUCCUUUUAAGACUGUUGCCACUAAAGGGCUGGACUUUGAUCCAUGGCCCAGUAAAAGUGGUGAAGGAGAAAUUGUUGACAUGGGGGGAACAAGGGGAAACAGUGGGGAGCCAAAGCCUUAUGGACUAGCUGUUGAAGACCAGUCUCAGGCUACUACAGCAGAAACUACACCUGCUCAAACUCCAACGGACGAUAGCACACCGAGUGAACCAAACCCAUUCCCCUUCCAUGAAGGGAAGAUGUUUGAGAUGACACGCAGUGGUGCGAUUGACAUGAGCAAGAGGGACAUGGUGGAGGAGAGGCUCCAGUUUUUUCAGAUUGGCCCUCAGAGUCCCUGUGAGCGAACAGACGUCCGCAUGGCGAUCGUAGCUGACCAUCUCGGCCUCAGCUGGACUGAGCUGGCCAGGGAGUUGAAUUUCUCUGUGGAAGAAAUCAAUUUCAUCAGAGUGGAAAACCCAAAUUCCCUGACAGCGCAGAGCUUUAUGCUUCUAAAGAAAUGGGUGCACAGGGAUGGUAAAAAUGCCACAACGGAUGCUUUAACUGCGGUGCUGACUAAGCUCAAUCGGUUGGAUAUUGUGACUUUGCUGGAAGGGCCCAUAUUUGACUACGGUAACAUAACAGGCACACGCUGCUUUGCCGAUGAUAACGCAGUAUUCCCGGAUCAGUCCGAUGGAGACCACAGUAUAGAUCUGGAACUGAAAACCCCAACAGAACUCAACUACGUCCCCUGUACCCCCCUGCGCUCCGAUGAAUUCUUUAGUGAGGGUGAAGCUAGCGUAAUGUCCCCAAGUAGGACCACACUCACCAGACCUAGUGACCUCUCUCUAGCUCAGACCACAAGCACCUCCAGCAGUGACCCCUCCACCGUGGUUCCGGCCGCUGGUUCUGAGCCUCCUAUAGCGGGGCCUGAAGACACAGUUCUGACUGGAGAAGGCAGAGGGAUGACUAUGGAGAUGCCAGAAAAUGACCGAAGGGCAGGGAACCUUAGAGAAGAUGGUUCUCAUAAUGGAAGAGAGGAAGAAGAGGAAAUGACCCAGGAGAGACUGCGGAGUCUGCUGGAGGAUAUACAGCUGGAGGGAGGCAUGGAGGAAGAGGAGAUGACCGAAGAGAGAGUGAAUGCGAUCCUUGAGCAAGUUCGGCAAGCAGAAAAAAACAUUUCUUCAGUUCCAGGCUGGAGGACUGAGAUGUCUGGAGCCACAGCUGGACACAGCAUCAAGGACACAGAGAGCAGCCCUGACAGUCCAGCUGAUUCCCUGGAGCAGCCCCCGGCUCAUAACGGAGGUCACACAGAGCCAGCCAGGGAAGGGAGGGAAAAAGGAGCUAAGAAGAAAGGGGCUGAAGAGGACAGCAGGACAGCGGGACCCAGCAGAGGACGGGAGGACGUAGGUGACAAGUCCCAGCACAAAGUGCAGGAAACCAUCAGAGCUGAUGAAUCUGGCUCUGACGACGAGACCACCGUCACUACCAGGGUGUACCGCAGACGGGUCAUACUCAAGGGAGAGGAGGCCAGAAACAUUCCUGGACAGUCUGUUACUGAGGAGCAGUUCAUAGAUGAUGAUGGGAAUCUGGUCACCAGAAAAGUUAUCAGAAAGGUGGUUCGUCGGGGUUUCAACUCACAGGAAAGGCUGGAAUGCGAAAGCCAGAUUAUUCUAGGGGAAGGAACUUCUAGUGUUAAUGUAGGCGAGGCAGAUGCUGCUGCAUCAGCAGAUGCUGCUGCAUCAGCAGAGGCUGCAGCAUCUGCAGCAGGAAACAAGGGUGGGAGGGGCAAGAAAAGAGGGAAGCGCUCUCGACAUGGCCACAAGGAGGAGGCCCAGAAAGAGAAAACACAGCCUGGAGAUGGUUCCAGCAAGAAGCAAGAAAAAAAGAGUCAGUCGUAACGGCAAAGCUCUAAAAAUAACCAGGUUUUUAAGUCACUCACAGCGACACCACUCUUGAAAAACAGCUCAACUGGAGUCCACGAAUGAAGAAGAUCGGGUUGGUGGCGUGUCAAGUCAGCCAAAUUGUUUUUGGAAGCAUUCACCUACAGCGCAUGGUUUACAGCAAGAUGGCAUUACUUUUCCUUGAUUUCGCAUGAGCAUGUCACCGAACUCACUCACUGUCAGAAAAAAAAAGAAAGAAAAA